AUGAUUAUCUCUUUGAAAACCGCUCUGACACUGGUAGCAACUGUAGCAGUAGCCCAGGCUACCGUUCUCACGCUCCCAGAGAUUGAAGAAUGCUCGAGCACUGUAACUGAUGAAAACAGGGAGAUGGCGUACUACCUCGACACGUACGAGUUGCCAAGCGACAUGGAGCAAAACAUCAACAUUGAUACAUACAUGCAUGUCGUUGCAGAAACAAAAGAUGAGGCUGGUGGCUAUCUUCCGAGAGAAAUCGUUGAGAAACAGUUCAAGGUGCUAGUUGACUCGUUCAAAGACCACGACAUCAGUUUUACACUCAAGGAUAUCACCUGGACAGUCAACGCCGAUUGGUCCAAUCACAAAGGAUCCAAUCUCAACUUUGCCAUGAAAAAGGCGCUGCGUAAAGGGUCCUACGCCGCCCUGAACCUAUACUAUCUUAAGAAGGUCGACCAACACAACGGAUACUGCUACUAUCCUGUUGCGAACCCAGGAGACCAAGCAAGAACCCAGGAUGGCUGCGUCCAGCGAAUGGACACGAUGCCAGGUGUAGGCGACCGAGGUUAUGCUGGCUUUGUAACGACCCAUGAAGUCGGUCACUGGUUGAGCUUGCUCCAUACAUUUGAGAAUGGCUGCAACUCCCCGGGCGACCAUGUUGAUGACACACCGGCUGAGAACCACAAGGACAGAGAUGCUUGUAAUGAGCGGGACUCGUGUCCUAAUAGCCCAGGCAAGGACCCUAUCCAUAACUACAUGGCCUAUGUUUUUGAGUAA